CAGACGACAUGUUCUGUGCCGGUUACAACAGCGACAACAUCGGGGACGCGUGUGAAGGGGAUAGCGGCGGGCCAAUGGCUGUGAGAGUGGACAACCACUGGACUGUUAUUGGACUGGUGUCGUUCGGUCGAGACUGUGCCAAGAAUGGCAGUUACGGUUUCUACGCCAAUGUGUCUCACGCCCUACCCUGGAUACAGACCUUUGCAGGAUCAUGUGGUAAAACCCGGUUUAUCGAUGAGAACUACAGUACUGGAAGGAUUAUCAACGGACACGAUGCCCUUCCAAAUCAGUUCCCAUGGAGUGUAGCAUUGGUCAAUGCAGCAACCAAGAACCUGCAGUGUAGUGCCACCAUCAUCAGUGACUCGUGGCUCCUUGACAGCCUCGACACUGCUUUGAAGACCAAGUCAGCGAGAUAG